ACGGUUUUUGCACUUUUGCACUACAGAUUACUACAGAAAACGAAACAUAUAGACAAUUUUUCACUCCAAAAUUGGAAAAUCAUACCAUUUCUUCUCUCCCUUUUUUCCUCAUUUCUUUUCUGGGGUUUCUCUUGUUUUUCAGGUUUUACAAUCUAUAUAACUCUUAGUAGUAUUUCAAAUAAAGACUUCUUUUUAUAAUACGUAUUUUUUCCCAUUGAAAAAUAUGGUGGUUAUGGUUUCACGUACUGGCCGGCAUUUGCAGCGUUAUAACAAAGGUCGUCGUCAAAUUGUUGGGUGUAUACCGUACAGAUAUAAAGAUAUUAUUGACCUAUCUAUGGCGGCCGAAGAUGCAUUUGAAGUUCUUCUCAUAAGUCCUCAGAGAAAAGGAAAAGGAUUGUUGUUUCCAAAGGGAGGUUGGGAAAAGGAUGAAACAAUUGAAGAUGCAGCAAGACGCGAGACAAUAGAGGAAGCUGGUGUUUGUGGCGAUGUUGAGGGCAAACUAGGAAUAUGGUACUUUGAGAACAAAAACGGCGAUACUGCCUAUGAAGGGCACAUGUUUCCUUUAUUUGUAACAGAGGAGCUAGAUUGUUGGCCUGAGAAAGACAUCCGCGAAAGAUUUUGGAUGAGCGUGCGAGAAGCAAGAAAACUCUGCCAAAAUGGGUGGAUGAAAGAAGCAUUGGAGUUGUUAGUUAGUCGACUCGCAUCACAAAGAAGAGGGACUAAAGUCGACCUAUUUUCAAGAAUCAACCGUAGCUCCAGUGGCCAUGGAACUGUUUUGCAUUUGGGUUGCAGGGCUCAAGUACUUACUCCACCACCACCAAGUCCUGCGGAAGAGGCCUAGUUUCCAUCAGCCUAACGGAGGAGUUUAAAAUGUUUAGGACGAAGGUAAAAAGUAGCUUGUAAAUAGGUAAUCAAUGAUGAACCCCUAACCGUUUGAUCUAGUGGUAAGUGCAUAGCAUGUGAUGUGUGUAUUAGGCGCACGUCAUGUUUUUCCAACAUUGCCGCAGAUAAAAAGCCUGGUAUUUAAGUGGAUAAGACUAGAAAGGUGACCUCAGUAUCCACCGAGUUUCAAACCAUGCACCACAGACUAUCGGGGAUUUUUUCGGUUAUCAAAAACUAGGAAAUCAAUGGUGAUGGAGUAAGUUAGAGCAAUCUGUUUUAACCAUGGAAGUAUUUAGUUUUUGUUUUGUUUUGUUUUCUCCAAAUUGGAGUUAUGUAAAUGCAUGAUAGACUUACCAUCUCACUGUCUUUUUUAGGAUCUUUACCUUUGUAUAAAGGUACUCUGUAAUUAGUGUCUGAAGAUGGUGAAGUUACCUUUACGUUUUCACGUCUUUAAAAGAUCCGAAUCUUGUUUAAUUUUUCCAGAACUACAUAGAAAUAUGGUUUUGGUUUAA